AUGGCCGGCUACUACCGGUCAGGGAAGCUCAUCGCUGCAUGGUACAACCCUUGGGACUGGUUGAAGGCAAUAGCCAAUCAGCAGUGGCCGGUUAUUGUCCCGGGUGGAUCUCACCGGGCCGGCGUCUAUCAGCGCAGCUUCCAAGAGAAAAUCAACUUGUUCACCGGGCCUUUGUCCUGUAAAUUCCAGUUCUUAUUAGUCAAGAGAUAA